GGCACCAUAGGCAAUCAGAGAGCAGGAGAAAAAACUCGUACCCCUUACACAGGGCAAGCAAUCGAGAAAUCCAAUGGCGCCCGGAGCCGGAGGAGGCGACGAGCUGAAACUACUGGGCGCGUGGCCGAGCCCGUUCUUGCACAGGGUGCGCCUCGCGCUGCACCUCAAGGGGAUCACAAACUACGAGUAUGUGGAGGAGGACCUCACCAACAAGAGCGAUCUGCUCCUGGCCUCCAAUCCCGUCCACAAGAAGAUCCCCGUGCUCCUCCACGGCGGCAGGCCCGUCUGCGAGUCCCUCGUCAUUCUGCAGUACCUUGAGGACGCCUUCCCCGGAGCCGGCAACGCCCUCCUCCCCGCCAAUCCCUACGACCGCGCCGUCGCCCGCUUCUGGGUCGCUUACGCUGACGACAUUUUCUUUGCGGCGUGGAUCAAGUCGCUCAUGGGGACGACGGAGGAUGAGAAGGCGGCGGGGACGACGGGCGCGCUUGCGGCGCUCCAGACGCUGGAGGGCGCGUUCGGGGAGUGCUCCAAGGGGAAGCCUUUCUUCUCCGGCGACGAACCUGGAUACAUGGACGUGGCGCUCGGGGGUUACCUUGGUUGGAUGCGCGCCUACGAGGUGGUGGCCGGCGUGAAUCUCCUGGACGCCGGCCGAACACCCCUCCUGGUGGCGUGGGCGGAACGCUUUGCCGGUCUGGACGCUGCCAAGGGGGUCUUCCCGGAGGUCGACCAGAUCGUCCAGUUCGCCAAGGCGCUGCAGGCGCGGACUGCGGCCUCUGCUGCUCCGAAUAACUGACAUGUGAUGCAAUGGUUGAGGCUAAGCCGGCGCAGUUUCAGUAGUAUACUUCGUUGUUGCUGCUGCUCGAUCGAAAUAAAGAUAGGAACCAAAUAUUCAUUUGGAGGGGAUACUCUUUAAUUAAUAGGAUUUUAAAAGAUUUGUGGAGGAUUGAAA